UGAUUAAUAGUUCUUGACUGGGUGGGAAGUUGCGGACAGCGGGCCGGAGUCCAUGCCACUCCGGCGAUAAGCUUUAUGCAUCUCGCCUCUGGUUUUUACACCAUAUACUUUUCCCACCGCAGCCCGACCUUCUCGUCGGCGGCGGCCUCCUUCGCCUCUGUUCUUUUCUGCAACCGCGAAAUCGCCUUCCACGCCCGAACCGGCGAUGUUGUCUCGGCCCAGAGAGUAUUCAACUCCAUUCCUUCUCCCACCAUCGUCUCCUGGAACUCCCUCCUCGCCGCCUUCUCCAAGUCCCCCGGCAAACUCAAAGAUGCCCUGAACCUCUUUGACAGAAUUCCUAAACCAGAUGUCAUAUCCUUCAACACCCUCCUCUCCUGCCAUCUCAUCAACUCCGACCUCCUCGGGGCGCGCCAUCUCUUCGACUCUAUGUUGGUAAAAGAUGCCAUCUCCUGGAACACCAUGGUCUCCGGCCUUGCUUGUCAUGGCCUCAUCAAUGAAGCACGAGAACUUUUUCUCUCUAUGCCAGAAAAGAAUUAUGUCUCUUGGAACGCCAUAGUCUCUGGUUUUAUCCAAGUCGGAGAUCUGCAUUCAGCGUGGGAGUACUUUUCUCAAGCGCCGGACAAGAAUGAUAUUGUCCUCCUGACGGCCAUGAUUGCUGGGUUCAUGUCUGCCGGAAUGAUCGAACGUGCAUGGGAGAUAUUUGAUACUAUGCAUGUGAGGAAUUCGGUGUCUUGGAAUGCGAUGAUUGCUGGGCUUGUUGAGAACGGACAGGCCGAGGAAGGGCUGAAGCUAUUCCGAAUAAUGAUUUCAGCUGAAGAGGUGCAGCCGAACCCGUCGACCCUGAGCAGUUCGCUUCUCGCUUGCAGCAAUUCGUCAGCCUUAGAGUCGGGCAGGCAGAUCCAUCAGUGGGUUUCAAAGUUUCCGAUGAGCAUCAAUCGAAGUGUCGGGACAUCCUUAUUGAGCAUGUAUUGUAAGUGCGGAGAUUUGGAGAGCGCUUGCAAGCUGUUCGAUGAAAUGCCUGUUAAGGAUGUUAUUUCGUGGAACGCGAUGAUUUCUGGGUAUGCCCAGCAUGGGCAUGGAGAUAGAGCGAUAAAUCUGUUUGGCAGGAUGAAAGAUGUAGGUUUGAAUCCUAACAGGGUCACAUUUGUCACGUUAUUGUCCGCAUGCAUUCAUGCAGGAUUCGUUGAUCUUGGGAUGAGGUACUUCGAGUCAAUGGAGGAGGAUUAUGGUGUGAAGCCUUGUGCUGAACACUACUCUUGCGUGGUUGAUCUCCUUUGUCGAGCUGGCUUGCUCAAGAAAGCAGUGGACUUCAUCCAUUCGGUGCCAUUCAAGCCACAACCAUCUACAUUUGGUACUUUAUUGAAUGCUUCUAGGAUCUACAAGAACAAAAUGUUUGCAGAGUUUGCUGCAAGAAAGCUGGUUGAAUUGGAGCCUCGAAACGCAGGAGCAUAUGUCCAGCUUGCCAAUGUGUAUGCUUCUCUGAACAGAUGGGAUGAAGUUGCAAGAGUGAGGAAAUGGAUGAAGGAGAAUCUGGCAGUGAAGACGCCAGGAUACAGUUGGAUUGAGGUUGGCGGAGCUGUCCAUGAGUUCAGAUCUGGAGAUAGACUUCAUCCCUAUUUGGAGUUGAUACAUAAGAAGUUAAAUGAAUUGUGGAAGCGAAUGAAGGAAGCUGGGUAUGUGCCUGAUCUUGAAUAUGCGUUGCAUAAUGUUGGGGAUGAGCAGAAGGAGAUGAUGCUAAUGAAGCAUGGUGAGAAGCUAGCUAUAGCUUUUGCGCUCAUCAGUACUUCACCAGGAACUCCUGUUAGAGUGUUCAAAAAUCUUAGAGUCUGUGGAGACUGUCACCAUGCCAUCAAGUACAUUUCCAUUAUUGAACGGAGGGAGAUUAUCUUGAGGGAUAAUGCAAGGUUCCAUCACUUCACAAAUGGUAAAUGCACGUGCGGGGAUUACUGGUGAGGAAACUUUGUUUUUUCAUGUAAUGAUCUGUGUAGUUGUGGAAAUUAGAGCGAUAUCAAGGCAUUAUUUUGUGUUUUUUCUUGUUGAAAGUUAGUUUACUGUUCACAAAUUCUGAAAAAAAAAGUUCCUGUUAGCAGCUUACUGGAUGUUAAUUCA